GGCGCAUCUUGGUAUUUAUUCAGCUCACCUUCGUUCCAUAUUACAAACAACCCAUCGUCUCCGAUUCAAAAAUCAUCGCGCUCUCACUAUGGCUGCUCAUGAUUGGCAGAGAGUUGAGAACCACGCGAACGUCCCUGCUUACACAUUUUUCACCAAACCGAUAGAGAAGUCCCAACUUGAUGAACGGGAGUACAGGUUGAUCAAGCUCGACAAUGGUCUCUUAGCCUUGUUGAUUCAAGAUGCAAAAGCCGAUAUCGCUGCCGCAAGCUUAGAUGUGGCAGUUGGUCACCUGUCAGACCCAGAUGAUAUCCCUGGCCUUGCCCACUUUUGCGAGCACUUGUUAUUCAUGGGUACUGAACAAUUUCCGAAAGAAAACGAGUACUCCGAGUACCUUUCCAAGAACAACGGCCAUUCUAAUGCCUAUACAGCACCGGCAAACACCAACUACUUUUUCCGUGUCGCUACCUCGGCGCUCCCUGGAGCAUUAGCGCGUUUCUCCGCGUUUUUCCACUGCCCUCUCUUUGCGCCCUCAUGUACCACGCGGGAAAUGAAUGCAGUCGACUCGGAGCAUUCUAAGAACCAUCAGGCAGAUCCAUGGCGCAUUUUCCAGCUGAACAAACAUCUUACCAAGGAAGGUCAUCCGUGGAGCAAGUUUGGCAGUGGCAAUCGCGAGACGUUAAGUGCCGCCGGGAGAACAUUCAAGGCGGAAAGUAAGCUAAACGGGAAUGGGAUAAAGAAUGGGACACAUACCGCCACGGGUAGCAGUGCGCCAGUAUCGCCAGUAUCAUCUAAUGGGAGUUUAGCGUCCUCACCGCUCCCUUCGCGUAUUCCAUCACCAGCCCCGUCCAAUAUAUCUACGAGCAGCGAGAACGAACCAGACGGCGGUGUCGUCGGGCGUGAGACCCGCAGACGGUUAGUUGAGUGGUGGAAUAGAGAAUAUUGUGCAGGCAGAAUGCGACUUUGUAUUGUUGGGAAAGAGCCGCUCGACACGUUGGCUGACAUGGUCUCGACCUUGUUUACACCUAUCAAGAACCGAGAGCAGGAUCCACUGCCCGUAAUUCCCGAUCAUCCAUUUGGCCCGAACGAAAUGGGAACCUUAGUUUCCGUCCAGACUGUCAAGGCCUUCCACGCUAUUGAGAUCUCAUUUCCUCUAGUAUGGCAGUCCCCGCUUUGGCGGUACAAGCCUGCACAUUUUAUUUCACACUUUACUGGUCACGAAGGUCCUGGUUCGCUUUUUUCGUACAUCAAAAGCAAGGGGUGGGCGACGUCACUCAACUCGGGUCCUCAAUCCCUCGCACGAGGCUUCGAAAUGUUCAAAUUCACCAUUCAUUUGACCAAGCUUGGUUUCGAGAACUACCAAUCGGUGGCCCUUGCGACAUACAAAUACCUUUCCCUCUUGCGGUCCUCUGCAUUCCCGAAGUGGUAUCAAUCGGAGCUUGUCAAAAUUGCGCGCACGAGAUUCCAAUUUGCCACGAAGGAGAAUGCGGAGGGCUAUGCAGUUUCGCUUUCCGAGAGAUUGGGCAAGCCCGUUCCCCCUGAAUUAUUACUGCGCGGGGCGGUCAUCCCAUGUGAAUGGAAUCCUGAGGACGGAGAGCGAGAAGUUCGUGAAAUAUUGGAAGAGAUGCGUAUCACAAAGGGUAGGGCAGUGCUCAUGGCGAAGAAAGAGGAACUCGAGCGCAUUUCAAAGAAUGAACACUGGGAGCACGAGAAAUGGUAUGGUACGGGGUACAGAGUAGAGCGGUGGGACCCAUCAUUCGUUGAACAGGCUGAAGGACCCAAUGAUAUCGUGGAGCUGUACCUACCAGGCCCGAACGAAUUCAUACCCACCAAUUUAGAAGUGGAGAAACGUGACGUCCUUGAGCCGGCUAAACGACCUCAACUUAUCAAACAGACGCCAAUGGGGUCCGUGUGGCACAAGAAAGAUGACCAAUUCUGGCUUCCAAAGGCGUCGCUCGUACUGGAACUUCGUAGUCCGGUUGCAGGCUCAUCUCCACGCGCCGACACUAUGACACGGCUUUUUGCUGAUCUUGUAAAUGAUUCGCUACAGGAAUUUGCAUAUGACGCAGAACUUGCCGGACUUGUCUUCCACAGUGGUUCACACCACCUUGGGCUGAUGAUCACUCUAGAUGGUUACAAUGAAAAGUUGCCUGUCCUUGCUCGCCGCGUUUUGGAGACUGUAAGAAAUCUACAAGUCCGCGAGGACAGAUUAGCAGUCACCAAAGAAAAGGUUAAGCGCGAUUGGGAAAAUUUCUUCAUGGAUCAGGGUUACCGAUUAUCGGACUAUUAUACACAAUACAUGCUCACUCAUAACACUUGGACUAUUGCAGACAAGCUGCAGGAGAUCUCUAGCGUCACGGAGGACGAGUUGCAGAGACACAUCGACGACUUUUUAGCGCGCCUGAGCAUUGAGAUGUUAGUAACUGGCAAUAUGCACAAAGACGAAGCCAUUGGUUUAUCAGAGAUGGCGGAAAACAUCCUAAACACUUCCCCAAUAUCAGUGGACGAGACCGCUCAACGCGCGCUCAUCCUGCCAGAAGGCUCCGAUUUUAUCUGGAAGUCGCAUAUACCCAACCCCAACGAUCCCAAUUCAUCUCUGACUUAUUAUCUUCAACUUGGAAGUUCUACUGAUGCCCGCUUGCGUACGACUGCCUUGCUCCUCAUACAUAUGAUGUCAGAGCCAGCUUUCGACACUCUCCGAACAAAGGAACAGCUUGGUUAUAUUGUCUUUUGUUCAGAACUGAAACUGUCUGGAGCAUCGCUUCUGGGGCUGCGAUUGGUGGUGCAAAGCGAACGAAAUCCUGCCUACCUGGAGCAGAGAGUGGAAGCAUUCCUGGACACUAUGAAGAGUAAGAUCGAAGAUAUGGAACCUGUUGAUUUCGAGCAGUUCAAAACUGGCCUACAGCAAAAGUGGACUGAAGUCAUCAAGGACUUGAAGAAGGAGCGCGCAAUUUUUUGGGAGCACAUCGAUUCAGGGUAUCUGGACUUCCUAAGACGCUACAGUGAUUCGGACCUGCUGACAGACAUUACCAAGCACGACGUCCUAGAACUGUUUCUCGCUCGCGUUCAUCCCUUGGGUGUUAGAAGGUCUAAACUAUCCGUCCAAUUACAGUCCCAAAAGCCACGGCCACCGCGAAUCAGCGCUACAGCCACCAAGGCCUUCGAAGCUUUGGUCAGAGCUGAAACCACACUCGCCGACCCUUCAGGGUGGAAAGAGGAAAUGGCUGACGAGAAUCCCUUUGCGACGCAGUUUGCAAAAUACUGGCAAGACGCACUCAGCGGGUUCGACAAUUAUCAGGAGUUGAUGAAGAAAAUCCCCGGGUUGAUGAUGCAGUACCCAGAUGAUGAUGAAGUACAACACAUUCGGACCGAAGGGGUGACUUUCGUUGAAAAUGUUAAAGACUUUAAAUCAGCCCUUGAAGUUACAGAGCUUCCGGAGCCCUUGGUGGAAUGGGGAGACCUGCCCCUCGCCAAGCUUUAGAUGUCGUCGAUGUUACUCUUUUACUUUGUUGUCAUGUACUAAUGUGUAUUUCCUGCUUCACGGUGCUUCAUAUGACGAUUCUAACAUUACGGGAGGUUC